GGAGCAGAAGAAGAGGAUCUGCUGGUGUCUGGCUGAGAACAUCACCAAGCAGCAACAUCCGGCAUCGGCUCCCACUGAGAGCAAGGUAAGCAGCCCUGAUGGAACCCCUGCUCAGAGCACUGCAAGGCUCUGAAUGCCAUGGGGCUGUGCUCCAGUGAUGCUCUGGGGAUGGCUUUUGUGCCAGGUGAGGAGGGAGUUUGCAUUCAAGUGCUGCUGCGUCUGCAGCUUCCUACCCAGCUUGGGGAAGCAGUGAUUGCUUUUGCAUCUGCUGAGCUGAAUUGAACUGCCUGAUUCUGAUGUCUCCUAGCAUCUGUAUUUGGACAGCUGAGGCCAUGUAAUCCAUCGCGUGGCCUUUCUGCAGAACUUGGCUGCAGGGCAGGGCCCGGUGCUGAGGGGGUGGCUGAGGCUGUGAUCUCUGGGUUCCAGUCGAAAGGCGCUGGGGUCAUGGGAGCAGCGGUGUGGAGAUGCGUCCUUCUGUGCACUCGGAUGCUCUGUGAUGCUCAGGCUCCCACAGCACGGGAAGGUCCUUUGGGUGCUGCUGUCCAUAAUCAGCACAACCACAUCGGUGCUUUCCCACAUCGAAGAGCUUCAGCCUGGCCCAGGAGCAUGAUCUCAGAAGGGCUGGCAGGAGAAAUGUGUGCAUGAAGAGGGUUUGAAGCACGUAGGGUGCGUCUGCCUGGUGAGAAUGCAGUCAGCACCUUCGCCUGCUUGGUGCAUGGCAGCACUGCCUGGAGGGGCUGCGUGGAACCGUAUGUGCUGGAGCUGUCUGGUCCCUCAGGGCUGGGGCUGGACUAGUGGUGGGGGACUGCUGUGCUGCGAUGAGCGGAGCGUGCUGUGCUGAGCAUAUCAAGUGCUUUAAGCGAUGCAGUUGGGCAUCCUGGGGGCGAAGCUCCCAAACGCCUCCCUGUGCCUGGUGCACGGUGAUGGAGCAGUGCCCGUGCCGUGUUUUAAACCCAUUUUGUGGCAGCCCAUGGGGUAGUCUGGCUUUCGCUCUCGCUGCAUGGCUGCCAGACAUAGAGGCAGAGCGUUGCAGCUUUUGCCCUGCAGCAUCCCACGCCAGGUCAGCGCUUGCAGUGUCUCUGCAGGAGGCAGAGCCUUUGGAUUCUUCUUCCUGCCUGUUCAGCCCUACCAAAAUAGCAACAGCGCAAAAAGCCUGAGAACCUGGUUAACAACCCAAGCUCCAGAAAUGCAAAUAGCAGAGGGGCAGUGCAGUGACCAGGUUCUGUGACAUCUCUUGCUGUUGUGAUGCAGUGGCAGGGCUAUGCCCUGGGCUGGCUGACAUCCCACCUGGGCUGGGGAUCCUCUGAGGCAAAGCUCUGCACUGACGCCUUAAAUAACGGCUGAUUACUCUUCCUUCUGACUCCGUGACCUGAGAUUACCUCGGAGAUGAUGGCUGGCUGUGUCUGAAAGAUGUAGAUUGUCCUUAAGCUAAAUAAUUACGGACACUUGGUGGUGCGGACUGUGGGCCGUGGGAGCCCAGGAUGGGUGUUCCCGGUGCUCCCUGAGGGAGGUUGUGGAUCCUCGGCACUUUUCGGAUCGCGGCCGCCGCUCUCUCCCCCGUGGCUGCUGAUGCUGUGAGCAGGCGUGGACCGAUCCCGAGCGGGCCCUGGGGAACGAGGCGCCCGGCCCCUUCCUGGCCGCUGCUCCGAUCAGGAAGGGCAGGGCUGAUUCUCUCACUAUUUACAGCGUACUUGACAAGUGCAAGUAAAUGUGCUGUCAACAAAAGCAAACUGCGUGUAAUCGAGAGAUGAUUGAAACCAGGGCUGGAGUGGCGGGGGAGGGUUCUGCACCAGGACUGCCCCAGCGGAUGCGCAGGCAGGGGGCAGGGAGCAGCCCCGUGCUUCCUCUCUGUCUUCCUCACCCGUGACCCCCUGUGCCCAGGCACCUGCCUUGCCACGUGCCCACACCCCCUAGCCAUCCCUGUCCCCGGCACCUUGCUCUCUUCAGCAGCAAGUUUCUCUUUAUUUCCAAAACCUUCCUUUGGAGGGGUUCCAUGUGUGCCCAUGGGCUGGUGGUGGCCAUGAACUUGGGUUGGCGACAGCUGGGCUGGGCUCAAUGCCAUCGGCUUCUUGAGGGGAGGGAGGAUUUUGCACCUUUUCACUUUGCUUUUGCACCAAAGAUCCAUAUCGUGACAGCACCCACAGGGCCAGCCUGGCUCCUGCCCCGUGCCCUCUCAGCGCCUUGCUCCUGCUGUCAGGCUGCUCAGGAGGAGAAAUUAUUGAGGUCCACUCUGCCCCAGUAAGGGUUAAAGCCUCAUCUGGCAGAGCUUGUGAGCCAGGUUAUGAAAGGAAAGCAAAUAAAUGCGUUGUUCCACACCAGCAAGCACAACCUGGCUCUCAUUCUGGGCCGGAAAAACUCAUUACUGGUGGCAGCCAAAGGCUGUGUUGGUAACACCGUGGAUCUGAGAGGCUGUGGGAACAACCCUGUGGUGUGAGUCAGGGUCCAGCCCACCUCCAACCACUUCAUAUCUGGAGGAAAGUGUCCUCAAUGGAAAUCCCUGUGCCACCAGAAGCCAGUGGGAUCUCACAGUGGUGACCUCAAAGCACACUGAGACGCAGAGCUCACCCUUGGCACCAGGAGGACAACACGUUGACUUUAAUUCAGCCAGAACAGGAAUUAAACAGAUGAUAAUGUGUGUGAAUGAGGCUGUAACCAUAGAAGAGUUAGAUCCAGAUUGAUCCAUCCAAGUGUUUAGUGCUGUCCUGUCUGCAGUCUGCUCUCCUGGGCUGCACUGGAAGAGCUUUCCUGUGGGGCUGAUGGCACUUCUUCAUGGGCACAAGCCCCAAAUGUAGCCCCAGGUGCUCUGUGGAGGGGAUGCUACAGCUCCCUGUGAAGCUUCAAAGCACAUCCCAGACAUCACUUUAUGAAUUUAGGGGCCCUUUUAAUGCAGGGUCUUGGCCUGACCCAAAACUCCAUGCCAUGAAAGUGGGCCUGGGUGGGUGCUGAGGGCUCCUGGGGCUCCAUCACCCCCUCCACCUCCUUAUUGCACAGCAACUGGCUCCCAGCACAGCAACAUGGUACAAAGCAUGGAGUGGGGGGUUUUGCCAGAGCAGGGCUGGGUGCUGGGUACCAAGCUUCCCAAGCUUCCUGGCUUCUCCCCCACCCCCAGGCACUGCCUCCUUUACUCCGCGUCCACUGCUCGAUGGUGCCCCAGAGGCACAGUUUGGGCCACCAGCACAAGGCAGCUGCUCGUGGGCUCCUGAGGCACGUGUGUGCUGCUGGAGCAGAUGGGCCAGCAGAGAGUCACGGCUCCGGCUUUAUUUGUUCAUUUGCUUAGCUGGACUCAAAGCCAUUAGGAGAGCAGACCUCUCCCCUCUGGCAAACACCAGCUCCUGUUUCUCUGGCACCUCCUGCGUGCAGUGCCACAUUCCCCAGGCAGGAGGACCUGGCAGCAAAGUGGGGACUUGAGCAGCUGCCAGCACCUCCAUCACAGCCGGGGGCACUUUUAAACCCUGGCAGCUUGUUUCUUGUGAAUCCCCGAAGGGCUGCUGAGAGCAGCGAGCUGCAGGGAGCGGUGCCAGCAGCCCGGGGGGUGAGCAUCGCUGAGAUCAUUUGCACGGGGUUGUCAAAGGCACAGACUAAGUGGUUGAAGCCAGCACUGCUGUGAUUUAGUGCAAGCGCUGGAAGCACUUGGGCUGGCACCAUGAGCAGGGCUGCAGUGCUGCUGUCCUGCACCCGUAUGGCUCUCACUGCCCAAAUGCAUAUAAGGGGACAUUCGGGUGCAGGGACCCAGCAGUGUCCCAGGGAAACGAGGUGGUCCUGAGGAGGGGGUGUCACCAUUGCCUUUACAGUAGUUAUUUGAACUGUGAAAGUUUUGCAAAGCUGAAGGAUGCCUGAAGUGCUGGUGAGUUCUGGGUGGUGAUGCCCAGAGUGGUGUGGGAGAGGGACGCAGCUUCAUCCUUCUCCCUGUGAGACCCUCAGCAUCCUGCCCCACGACAGGCACCUUCCUGCUGCAGUGGCAAGACAAGGCUUGCUGACCUCAGUCAGUUGUGUUGUGCUUUGGAGCUGCCCUGGGUGUCUUUGGCACUACUGGGAUUCCUUUGGGCACAGCCCUGGUCACAGGCAGAGCUGUUCAGGCAGAUCCCCUUCUCUAAGGCAGCUGUUUCCAUCAUCCACACCACUGGCAGCAAUGGUUUCCAGUGCCCACCUUGUGGUCCUGUUGUGAGUGACACUGGGAUGAGUCCUUCUCGACAGCUCUGCAAUGGCUGAGUCCAUCCUGCUGCCACGUCCCUCAUCUUGCUCAGAGGGUCCGUGCUGUGCCCCUGCUGAUAAGAGCAGGGAGAGAUUCCAGCCAGCACCACACAACACAGCCUGCUGUCCUGAGAGAGGAAGGAUGCUGAGGGCUGAGCCCUGGGGAUGCGAGGAUGCAUUGUGGCACACUGGGGGCUCAGCUGAGCUGGACUGAUGUCUCUGCAUGGCCACCAGGCUGCUCUCCUGAGGACACCUUUAUCUGGAUGACAGUACAUCCCACACCAUCCCCACUGGGCUGUGGGGCUCUCCUGGGGACAUGAUGGGGUUGGGGUUGGCAGCAGUAAUGGGGAGCUCCCUGUGCAAGCUGUGACCAUGGGGAUCAUGUGGAUAAGGGAAAGAGUUGGAGUUUAGCUCAGGGUCAGGACAGGACUGAAAGUUGGCUGUGACAGGACCUGCUCAAGUCAGUGUCCUGAUUGUGCCCCUUUCUGAUACCUGCUGCACCGGUGCCAAUGAUGGAUCUAUUUCUUUCUUCUCCUUUCCCAUCCCUCUGCUUUCUUACUGCCAGGGAUAUUUAUGACCCAGAAUUCAUCUCGCUGCCUUCCAGCCCUGGGUUCCCAGUCAGGGAGGCCGCAGACCACGGCUGGCAUUUUGCUGGGGCACACCAGAGCUGUAUCUCCAAAUCCUGAGCUGGGGGAGCAGCCAGGCACCCAGGCAUGGUCACCCCUGGGGCAGUGACCCCACUGAGCCCACACGGGUGGGGAUCCAUCAGCGAGCGGUGCUGCGGUGCAGAUAACCCAUGGCACACUGCGCUGUAAAGCAUCUCCUGCUUCAGAGCUGCCCCUUUCCCAUAGAAAGUAGUUUGGAAAAAAAAAAAACAACCGCCCACCUGAAGCGGAGUUUUGUUGAGCAGCACCGAAAUUGGUCUGAGGCUCAGCAUUGCCCAGGGGCGGAGGAGAGCAGGAGAAGGGGAGCUGCAAAGCAGGUUUCAGGGUGAUGCACGGCUCUCCCUCCAGGCAGAGCGGACGUCUGCUGGGAUCAGCAGGUAACCAAGCCUCCAGGGACGGCUCGCGGAGCUGCAAAUAGCACGCGGGGCACAAGGGAGCGGUGUCUGGGAGAGGCUGGGCGGCUGCAGCCACUGCCUGACACAGACAUUAAUAACGGUGGAGGCAGAGCCGAGCGCUGCACCAGCACCCGCUGCGCUGAGCCCUGGGCACACACUGGAGCUGGAGGGAGAUGCUGCUCUGGCUGGGAUGCAACUGAGCCCACAUCUGAUGCUGGAGACGGACGCCGAGAAGCCUGGGCAGAUGCACUUGGAGGACAGGAGGGCGGCUGCAGGCAAUGCUCCUCCGGCCACAGAGGUGCCGGCUCCAUCGGAGGCUCCAGCAGCCGCCCAGGGGCCUCUCCUGGCCGAAAAGCAGCCGGCAGCUGCUGAGAAGGGUGAGGAGCAGCCCAGCUCUGUGCCGGCCUUCGUCAUCCCCGAGCUGCGCCUCGACAGCUCCUUCAGCCUGGUGGGCACAGCCGGCAGCACCGUGGACGGUGAGGAUGAGGAGGAUGAAGAUGAGGAUGACGAAGAAGAGGACGAUGAGGAUGAAGAGGAUGACAGCGACGAGAACUACCUGGAGAGGAGCGAGGUGAAGCGCAGCAGCAUGAUCGAGACGUCGGGCUGCCAGCCUGCAUACACACUGAGCGUGCAGAGCUCCCUGCGGCGCCGCACGCACAGCGAGGGCAGCCUGCUGCAGGAGGCCAAGGGGCACUGCUUCACCUCCGACACCACGCUCAACUGCUCGGACAGCCAGGGCAGUGCGGGGCACUGGGCCCUGCCCUCCCCCAGGACCCUCAAGAAGGAGCUCACCAAGAACGGAGGCUCCAUCCAUCAGCUCAGCCUGCUCUUCUCGGGGCACAGGAAGCUGAGCGGAGGCAACCCUGAAUGCAGCUGUGAUGAAGGGGAGGAGACCUCCCGCAAGAAGAGGAGCAGAAGCCUAGCCAAGGAUAUGAAGAACCGGCUGGGGAUUUUCCGGCGGAGGAACGAGUCUCCCGGCGCCAACCCCUCCAGCAAGCUGGACAAAGUGCUCAAGUCUCUCAAGCCUGCACCUGAGGAAGCUCUCAAGUGGGGGGAGUCCCUGGAGAAGCUGCUGCUGCACAAAUAUGGGCUCGCAGCUUUCAGGGCCUUCCUGCGCACCGAGUUCAGUGAGGAGAACCUGGAGUUCUGGCUGGCAUGCGAGGAGUACAAGAAGAUCAAAUCCCAGUCCAAGAUGGUCUCCAAGGCCAAGAAGAUCUUUGCGGAGUACAUUGCCAUCCAGUCCUGCAAGGAGGUGAAUCUGGACUCCUACACACGGGAGCACACCAAGGAGAACCUGCAGAACAUCACCCGCGGCUGCUUCGACCUCGCGCAGAAGAGGAUUUACGGGCUGAUGGAGAAGGACUCGUACCCCCGCUUCCUCCGCUCUGACUUGUACUUGGACAUCAUCCACCAGAAGAAAGCCAGCUCCCCGCUGUAGGGCUACGGGGCAGGCUGGGAGCUGCGUGUUUACAUGGAACCGGCGGUGGGGACCUCGCUGCGGCAGGCUGUGCCCCCCAGGCGUGGGGCAGCGGGGGCACCGGCGCCAGGCAGGCUGGUACUGCUCCAUCGCCCCGUCCCGCCAUCGCUGGUACGACGCCGUCGGGGCGGAUGUCAGCCAGGAGGGGAAGCUCCCGCAUGACUACUGUGAACCUGAGCUGCGAGCAUCGCUGGAUGGCGACGCUUGAUCCCGACCCAGCGUGGAGGAGGAAGGCUUUUACGCAGGGCUCUGCUUUUCCCCAGGCAGCACCGAUGUGGGCGUCAGCCCUGGACAAAGGACUCCUGACCUGACCCGGCCCCGCGGUGCUGCUGCGCAUCCCUGCCCCGAAGCAGCCAUCCCGCAGGAGCUUCUCGCUCCCCUCGUUCCUGGUUUAUUUAUUGACCUCCUCUCGCUGGACGCAUCGCUGUGUUAUAGGAAACCCUCGUUCCCAAUUUACAAGUGCAAUAGUUGUGCGUGUCGCGGCGGAGUUCUCCCGUGGAGCGGAUGCCUUCUCUUUUACGAGUGCGUGCAACAUUUUCUAAGUAAGUUUGCAGGUUUUAUCUGACAAAGAAAAGGAAAAAAAAAACAAAACAAAACCAAUAGCGCGUUCCCUAGCAGCGCUGGGGGAGCCUGGGUGUACAUAUCCUGCCCUGACGACGGAGGGCUUGCUGGUGGAGAUAAGCAGCUCUGGGAAUCGGUGCUCUCCCUACCCUGGAUCACAACACUGCGUUUGGAGACGCGGGGCUGUUGCUGAACGCGGCGGAGCCGGACGGACUGCAUGCGUCCGGGCGCCCAGUUUACAGUGCGAAGCAUCUCUGCAGCUAGCAAAAAUGCAUUGUCAUGGUCAUAGGUAAAUAAAAGGAGAAUGUAAUUUCUUGUA